AUGGAGCUGCGCCUAUCGCCAGCACCGCCUCGAUCGGCCGGCGGACUGGACCGCAUCAGCACCCUCUCCAGUGGUGGUGAACGAUCAGGCCGCAGCGCACGCGCCCGUUCCUCCCAGCUAGUGGCCAGCAUCUUCGAGCCCGUGUUCACCUCCAAGUCUGACUCGCUGUCCCUGCUGCGGCCCGGAAGUCUCUUCGGCUCGCCGGUGCCGUCGCCGCGAUCUAGCGGUCCAGGCGGCGUGGACCGCAUCAGCGACCUCCCUGACGACCUGCUCCUCCUGGUCCUCGACCGCCUCAGCUGCGUCCGCACCGCCGCCCGCGCCAGUGUCCUAUCCCGCCGUUGGCGUGGCCUCUGGACCCGCCUCCCCACGCUCGUCUUCCACAACAUCCCCUUCCCCUCCGUCGAACCGGUGCUCGCCGGCGUGGUCUCCUCUGACUCCACCUCCACGGUGUCCCGUCUUGUUAUCUGCCCCCCGAAUCGACCCUUCUCGGUCCGCGCGGGGGAGCCCCGCGUCAGCCUCGCCUCUCUGCUGCGCACCGCGGCGCGGCUCUCGCCGGAGCAGCUCAUUCUCGCCAUCCCAUCGGGCGAGGAUUUCUUUAAAAGUGUCGAGCUGCCGUGCUUCGAGCGCGCCACCUCCAUCUCGCUCUACUCCUCCGUCGCCGUCUGGCCGCCGGCUACCGGUGAAUUAUUCCCCGCGCUCACAACGCUGGUGCUCUCAGGCUGCGCCUCUGCGGCCUACUCCGCCCUCGAGGACCUGGUCCUCCGUUGCCCACGCCUGCGCGUGCUCAGGUACACCCUACCCGGCGGCUUCCUACUGGAUAUCACGGUGCGUUCGUUGUCGCUGCGAGAGCUCGUCAUUGAGGACACCGAUCGUUGGACAUGGAUACGCAAGAUAAACUUAGCAGCACCCAUGCUCGAGCGACUAAUCAUGUCCUCCCACGUCGCGGGCCCCACCAGCGUCUCUGUCUUGGCGCCGAUGGCAAGCAAUAUUUUGUGGCGCUGCCAUUACAACGGCGGGUUCAAGGAGCUCCCUGACUGGACACUCGAGACGGUGAGCUUGCUGUCAAUAACGACGAGGGCGGCGGUGGCAGACGGACCACAACUUCCGGUGCUGCGCAUUGGUGCAAUCAAGGACAAAGAGAAAUGUCAAGAAUAUUGUGGCUGCGAGCCAGCCCAUUGGAGAAGCCAAAUUGUUUCCUUGACGAAGCUUGAACAAGUGGAAAUCGAUGGUUUCCAAGGAGACAAGCGUGAGUUUGACUUCCUGGAACAUAUAUUGAGAUGUGCACCAAUGCUUAUCAAUGUGAUUCUCAAGCACUCGGGCGAGGGCGUGCCAAGUGAAGCACAAAUUCACGAGCUCUCCUUAGCGCAUCCUUCCAUGGAAUGGCACUAUGUUAUAUCUUCUGCUUCUGUAUCUAUGGCUGCAUAG